AUGUAUCUAAAGCUUUACACCUCAACCUUCAGAAAUCUAAUAAGGUCUCAAGAUGCAAUCGGGCAAAUCACAAUUGAUGCUCAAUUUUUUGCUGACUGGGUUUCUGACAAUGACCUUGACGUUAUUCUAAAUAAAACCAAAGCUAUGAUACUGGGUUCAAGUAAAAAUCUGAGGUUGAUCCAACAAGAGUUUUUGUCGCCUAUCAUUAUAAAUGGUGUAUUAUUGUUUAUUGGUAAACCGAGCUAUCUACGUGAGUUGUUUGUUGAUGAUGAUGAUAAUGUCAGACGUUCAGAUCGAUUAGCUGCUAAAAAGAACAAUGUUAUCUUUAGAAUACCAAGUUUCACGAUAAAUUAUGAGUAUUCUUUUGUUAUUACUGUGAUUCGCUUAUGGCAUGAGCUACCGUCUGACAUUGUAAAUGCGUCUAGUCUUGAAGGGAAGGGGGGGGGCAAAAUGGGCCCCUUAAGAAAAAAAUGUUGA